AUGGAUAUUGUUGAAUAUCUUCCUACUGAUUUAACAACAAAUAAUGUUCAACAUAUAGAAAAAUAUGCAUGUAAAAUAUGUGGAGCUCAUGCAUCUGGUUUUCAUUUUAAUGCACAAAGUUGUUCAGCUUGUGCUGCUGCUUUUAGAAGAAAUGUUGCAUUAAAAAAAAAUUUUCAAUGUAUUAAUGGAAAAAAUGAAUGUAAAAUAAGUUUUAAACAAACAAAAAAUUGUCGAGCAUGUAGAAUAAAAAAAUGUAUUGAAGCUGGUAUGGUGGCAAGUGCUGUUAAAGCUGGACAACAAAGUUCAAAUAAUGGUAGAAAUUAUUUUACAAUUUCAGGUCUUAAAAGAAAUAAAAGAUUUGGACAAAGUUUAGGUAUAGAUAUAAAACAUUUACAAUCAUCUGAUAAAUAUAAAUAUCAAAAGAAUGUUAAAAAAGAUAUAAUAUUAGAUAGUGAGGAAAAUUAUAAUAAAAAUAGUAUUGUAAAUACAUUUAAUAAUAUAAAAAAUAUUAGCAAUUUAUAUGAAAAAUCGCAAAUAUCUAAUGAUAUCUCAAAAAGUUCACUUUAUCUUUCUGAUAAACUUUUUAAAUUAAAAACAAAAGUUAAUGUUUUAGAAUAUCUUAUUGAGGAAGAAAAAAGAAUAAAUGAAAGAAGGAGAAUAUUAUUUUGUGAAAAACCAGUUAGUUCUUUAUUUGGACUUUAUUCAAGAGGACCAUUUACUAAAGAUGAUAUCAAACCAUUAAAUUUUAGACAAUUUACUAAAUCUAUUAGAAUUCAUAUUCUUUUUAUCUAUGAAUGGAUGCGUGGUUGGGAAUUUUUUUCACAUUUAUCAUUUGUUGAUCAAACAACAUUCUUAAGAAAAUGUGUUCUUUAUCAUACUGUUCUUGAUCCAUCAUUUAUAUCAUGUCAAAUUGGUGAUAUGACUAAAUUUGUACUUCCAAAUGGUGGAUUUGUUUCAACAAUUUCUUCUGAUUCAUCAGGUUGGGGUGAUGAGAAACACAUUACAGGAGCUAACAAAAAAUAUAUAUAUUGGCCAUUAUUACAACGAGUUAAAACUGAAAUAAUGCAAUCAAUGAUUGAUAUGGAAAUUACUCAUGAUGAAUUUUGUGCUUUAAAAGCUAUAGCUUCAUUAGAAGGAUCAAAACAUGAUGUAAGUCAAGAAGGAAGAGCAGCAAUGCAACGUGAAUCAGAAAAUUUAACUAUAUUAUUACAUGAUUAUUAUAUAAAAAUAGGGAAGUCACAAAUUCAAGGUGCUGAAAGAAUAGGAAAUCUUUAUCUAUUAUUGUCUACAAUAUUUGAUAUAAGUGAUAAUUUUGUUGAAAGUCACCAUCAAGUUCAUUUUUUUGAUAUAUGGAAAUUGGAUGAUUUAUUAUUACAAUUUUUGAAGAAAAAAACUUAA